AUGCCUUCUAAUGAUGGCGUGCGGGCUGUUGCUCGGUCUUUUCGGGUGCUCGUCAUCGGUGGCUCCUAUGGUGGUCUUGCUGCUGCGUUGAACCUGAGUGACUUGGCGCGGGGUCGAGUAUGUCGCUUCGACUCCAACCCGGAUGCUAAGCCUCCUUCACACCGGAUCCCUCUCAAGAUUACUAUCGUGGAUGAGCGAGAUGGAUAUUUCCAUUUAAUUGGAUCGCCCAAGUCUCUUGCGUGUGAGAAAUUCGCCGCAGAGUCGUGGACCCGCUUUAAGGAUAUCCCGGCGCUGAAAUCCCCGGAUUUCAGGUUUAUCCAGGGCAGUGUCAGCAAGGUUGAUAGCGCAGCCAAGGUUGCUCACAUCGUGGAUUCAGAGACCAAGCAAAGUCGAACAGAAAAGUAUGAUUAUUUGAUCGCCGCAUCGGGUUUGCGCAGGAUCUUCCCCGUUGCGCCUCAGUCUCUGCAGAGGGAUGAGUUCCUGGCAGAGGCGAAGAAGCAUGUAGAGAAUGUACGCAAUGCUAGUCAGGGCAUUGUGGUUAUCGGUGGAGGUGCGGUCGGGAUCGAGAUGGCAGCCGAGUUGAAGAUCCUGUAUCCAGAGCAGAAAAUCACACUCAUUCAUUCCCGAGCUCGAUUGCUAUCGUCUGAGGACCUGCCCGACGACUUCGCCGAGCGCGCGCUCUCGAUUCUUCGGGAGGAGAAUGUAGACGUGAUUUUAGGACACCGCGUCAUUGAAACAACUGCCGUGGACUCGGGCGUGAAGCGCGUUUGGCGCUUGACUUUGGCAGAUGGCCAGCAACUUACGACUGGGCUUGUGCUGAGUGCCGUCUCACAACCGGUAGCUACAUCGACAUAUCUGGCGCCGGAAGCACUGAAUGAUAAGGGGCUAAUCAAGAUUCAUCCAUCCCUUCAAUUUUCAGGAGAUAUUCCUAAUGCAGAGCAUCAUCUCGCGGUCGGCGAUCUUGCAGCGUGGUCGGGUAUCAAGCGCUGUGGCGGCGCGAUGCACAUGGGCCAGUAUGCAGCCAACAACAUCCACCAGCACAUGUUGGCCGAAUGCACAGGCGAGAAACCUGCUUACAUGACCUUGAGCCCCUUCCCAAACGUAAUUGGAUUGGCUCUUGGCAAGAAGUGUGCAACCUACAGUGUAGAUGAAGGCACCAAAUAUGGAGAAGACCUCAUGGAUGUCAUGUUUGGGAAAGACAUGGCCAACAGUAUCUGUCGAAAUUAUAUGCGCCUCAACGACUCUCCACUGGCAUGA